AAACGCAACGAACUGACGUGCGGACGACGCGGACGUAACCACACCUCUUAAAAAAACCUGAAUUCAGUAAAAGGCACUACUACGAAUAGCGUGGUGGCACGAUAGUCGUAUGAUCUUGAAUUGUGUUAAUGGCGUAUUCCAGCUGCGACACUGUGCACUGUGUUGAUUUUAUGAAGAGACAUUUUGUUUUGUGUCCAAAUUCAAAUGUUUUACGAAAUAUUUACCUAGUUCAAAUCUCGUAUUUAAUUACGUUAAUUAUAACCUCGAAAUUUUAAUGUUUCAAAACAUUUUUUUGUUAGUAUUAUUCGAAAAGUUGUUAUUAAAAAUUAAAAAUAAAAACAUUAUGCAGUUUAAAUGAUUAAAUCAUCUUGACCACCCUUAGGAAACCUUGGACUUAUAUACUGAUUAAUAGCUUCUGCGUUAGACAUUUUAGAUUCUAGAGUAGUAUUUGUGUACAGGCACCCACGAUUUGUUUUCGCACGCCCCUAUUCUGUAUCUAGUCUCGGUUGUCGCACAGAACUGUGUAUCGUCGCCGACACCGGUGGCCGGGUAGCUACGCGAGGGAAACCGGCCAGUCCGCGCCGAUCCACCGUCGAGAAACAACGUGUUAUGAACUUUCAGACCUUGGCGUGACAACUUUAUAAAAAGUCGGCGGUGCCUCGAAGGAAAGUGACAGUGCGACAGUGAGUGUACCUGGACACAAACCGGAACUUUAGCUAAAUAAAAACCCGAUCGAACGAAGCGACAAGAAAGAAAGAAAAAAAAACGAUUUUGCUAUCAUUUUGCACUACAUCAUUCGAUGUGCAAGAGGGAAUGAUUCAAUGCAACUGAUGACGUCUUCUAGUAAAUUCCUGUAGAAAAGGCACGACACAAACUAAUGCUCAUAAACCUCGAGAGACCUGUUGAAUAAUACCGCAAAAUACCUUUUAAACUCAACGUGCUGACAUGAUGACGUGGACUCCUGUUUUCUCGUGUUUCCUGGCGGUGUCACUACUAGUGGCUCCCAGCUUAGCAACCGUCUGUCCCGAAAGCUGCGUUUGCAGUACUACUCGCGAUGGCUUACAUCGUGCCACGUGCAGUAACCUCGCCGAGCUUUAUAAGUUCACCCUCCGCCAAAAGCACCAUAAUAUUAAUAUUUUAGAUCUUUCCCACAACAACAUUACGAAAUUGAAUCAUGAGUUGGAUCGGCUUACCGAAGUUGUCACGCUUGAUCUGUCUACCAAUGGUAUUCAGAACUUGAACAAAUUCUUACAUAAUGCAAAAAAAUUGGUGCACUUAAACUUAGCAAACAACAGGAUAAAAGAACUCGCCAUGUCGCAUUUACCGGCUAGUGUUAGCUCAUUGGAUUUGACCAACAAUCUUUUAAGAGAUGUUCCUUCAGAUCUUGGGCAUUUGACAAGUUUGGAACAUUUGGAAUUAGAAGGAAACCCAUUAGACUGUUCUUGUGAAAACAUUUUGCUUCGAGACCGAUUAAUCAUAGCAAACGUAGUGAUCGACAAUGUAAAAUGUUCUUUACCGACCAAACUAAAAGGCCAGUCUUGGCUCGAGUUAAAAACGAAAGAUAUUUGUAAAUCAGUAAAAACUGAACCUCAGUUCUUAGAUAUGAUGAUGGGGGAUCAAGCUAUUGAUGCUGCACAAGUUGGUGAAGAAUCGAAUGCAUUAAAAUCAAUGCCUCUAGUAGCAAAAAGUGAUUUAGAUGAUGGUAAAGUUAUACAGAGUGGAGAUGUUGGUGACGACGAUGAUAACCUUUUAUUCCUCAAAGUCGGACAGUCUAAAACAGCUGCACCGUCAUCCUCUUUGAACGACAUAGAGGGUUCCGGAGAAGGGGAAAGUACUACACUAUCUGACUUUUUGAUAGAACCAAAAAUGAAUCCUAGAUUUCAUGCAGACCUAUUCACUGCCGAUGAAAUCCUACCAGCUGAUAAUAUUCAAACCACUGAAGAUCCAAUAGAUGGAUCCGGAGAAGGUUCUGGAGCUAUCCCCUUGGACUUUGGUUCCGAUUUGUUUGAAGAAGAAACGACGACAGUUGUGUACGAAGAAUUAAACACGCAUCCUGUGCGCAGAAUUUUCGAAGAUGAUUUUAAUACAUCUACUACUGAAUAUCCCAUCCCUAAACCACCUGCAAUAUUUCAAGGGAAUGACGAUUGGGAUAACAAAGGCGAACCGUCAAGCUCUACAGAAAAAACUACAUCAUCUACAGCCCGUGAUACUACCGUAUCUGAGCAAAUAAGAGUAACUGCGGUAUCAGAAGUUCUUGGACAGAGACCAGCUGAUAAAGACGAGACCCCUACUCCACAUAAAACCGGAACUUAUGUUUGCAUAGCCAUCAUUGUAAUGUUGCUUGUAAGUUUGAUAGGUUUUGCAAUAAUUAAAGGACAAAUGAGAAAAAGAAGAGACAGGAGACUAUUACGCCAACAAAAGAGAGACGUUGAAAAAGCUUCGAAGGAAAUGGUAGACAUGAACAAAUCUUUACUCGGUAAACCGGCUGUUAUUGAAAAUCCCAUAGAAAAGAAAGUGAAUGGUAAAUAUGAAUUGGUACCUACUCACGAAUUGCACCAAAAGAAAAGCGAAAAUGGUGACGUUGCCAAUGGAAUUAACCACGCUGAAAAUAAUGAUCCAAAAACCGAGAGUCCUAGAGAUACAAAUCAAAAUAGGAGUAGUUCGAAAGAUAAUAAUCUUGCAAAGACUCCAUCGCAACAGGAAACUUCAUUCGAAUCAGCUCCGGCUUCUCCUGAUUCACGUAAAGACAACAAUUCACUGUCGAGUGAAGACUUAUUUGUACCGUUAAAUGACGAUGAAAACCCAAGAUUAAAUGGCACUAAUGACUCUGAUACGUCCCAGCCGCUUAUAAACGGAGAUCAAAAUACGGAUUCAGAUUUCUUAUCUCCGUCGCGUGAAUACGUGCCAGUAUAUUCGCCAGACAUGGGAAGGGUUCGCAUAAAGAUGACUGAGACACCGAAGCCCAAAACACCUGUUCUAGUCACCAGGAGUAGGUCGAACGCUGGAGACAUCAUAAUAACUCCAUCUGAAAAUUCAAACGCGCGUAAAUCGACCACUUGAAAUUGGGCAUUCCUGAGAGAACGUUUUAAACACAUUGUGGUGUGAAUGAGUGUCAAGGGACGAAUAUUUUCACUAUUGGCAAAAUUCUGUGAUCGUUUUUGUGCGUUUCUAGAACGAUGUGCGAGUUUUAAGGACUGAUUUUCGGGAGAGUUAUGGUAUUUUGUCUAUGACUCUCCCUGCCAAAGUGUGUUUGUAGUCGACAGUGCCUUGAUCAUUAAAGUUAUUUAGUCGUAUAAAUUUAUAUUUAUGAGAGUAUAUUGCGUAUUAGUAAAAUCAUAUUUUUAUACGUGUAAACUGUUGCCAUGUUCAUGAUAAUUACAAAAGGUUUUGUUGGGAAUAAAUUCGCAUUUUAUCAUUUCGUUUGUUUAGUGGAACGAAGACCUAUGAUUACCAAUGCUUCAUGUCUGACACACAGAAAAGAAUUGUUGUUUUGAUAAUAUGAUAAAUUUUAACAUUUAAUUACGCAAAAUUAUAACGGUUGUGUACUUACUGUAUUCGCUGGUUUAACAGUAUCUAAAUUAUGUUCAAAUUUAUCAUAACACGUUAUAAAGUUGUGUAACUGCGUAUUGUCUUCGCAGCAUAGAGAUUCUUUCAUCGUGGUAUGGCUAAACAUAAGUUCCUUGUAAUUUAAAGAGCUUAGAAUUUAAGAAUGUGAUAUACCAUUUAUAUUAUUUAGCAUUCGAUCAAUUUCUAUGUAUGUGUUGUAUUAUAAUUUCAAUUCUCUUUAGUGUGUAUACGUCUAAAGUUUUUAAAUCUGAAUUUAUUUUAUGAUUAAGUUAUUGUUUAAAAUCGCUUUCGGACUAUUUUAGUUAUUCGUUGAUACUUUUAACUGUCGCCUCUUAAUUUAUAGAUAGAUUCAGUUGCUAUCAAAUUUCGUUUUCUCUAAAACAACUUAUGGAGACCGAGAACAAUAAAUAGGUGUAAGCAGAUUUUAUAAAUGUAGGUAUUUUAUUUUGAAAAUUUACGAUAUAAAUGGUUAAAAAAUCCAA